UGAUACGCACAUCCCUAACUUUUUGCGACAGCUGUUGCGCCCAAUGCAACGUUAGCCAACACUAAACAACGAAUAGCAUCACAACAAAAGCCAAAAAGCAAUGAAGAAGCAUUACGAACAGUCUAUUUCAGUGCAAAUGGAGCCGUAAAAUAUAAAAUUAACAUAAAAAUGAAACUUUACAAGUUGAACACUCACACAAGGGGGUGCAAUAAGUCGUACGAAUCGGACCUGGUGUUGAAUCCACAGGAUCAUCCAACAGCUAAAGUUGGGGAUGUUGUGGAAAUAUAUGCACCCGACGAUGAAAACGGCACGCACUUGCUGCUGCAGAUAACUGAGCUGAAUGAACAGAGCAAAACGGGUCGCAAUGUGAUAAGCAUAGAAUCAGGCAUAGCGACAGCAUUUAAAAUGCGUUCCUAUUCCAAUGUCGUAAUGCGUAUUGUGAAUCCCGCGGACGUUGCCCUCGACUCAAUUGAAAUUACAUUUAAGGAACAGUAUAUGGGCCGCUCGGAAAUGUGGCGACUAAAAACCUAUCUGACAAAUACCUGUGUGUAUGCGAAUAAAAAGAUUGACUACAAUGAUAUGCAGAUACGCUGCCAAGUUUAUGAGAUGUGGUCGCAGGGCGAGCGAGUGGCCAGUGGCGUUAUUACAGAAGACACCAAGAUUGUUUUUCGCAGCAGCACCUCGAUGGUUUACCUAUUUCUGCAAAUGUCAUCGGAAAUGUGGGACUUUGAUAUACAUGGAGAUUUGUACUUUGAAAAAGCUGUUAAUGGCUUCCUCACCGAGCUCUUUCAGAAGUGGAAGAAACUGAGCUGCAACCAUGAGGUCACCAUUGUGCUUUUCUCUCGCACUUUCUACGCGGCCAAAUCCUUAGAUGAGUUUCCUGCGCACAUGCGUGAUUGCUUGCAACAAGACUAUAAAGGACGUUACUAUGAAGAUUUCUAUCGGGUGGCCAUACAAAACGAGCGAAAUGAUGAUUGGUGCACGGUGCUGGCGCAGUUGCGCAAGCUUUUCACCUCCUACCAAGAGACUGUGCUGCGCUAUCAUGAGCGUCAGAAUAUGGUUAUACCACAAGCGACCAACUCAACCGCCACACAGGGCAAUUUCCUAGAAGUGCUUAAUAUUUCACUUAAUACUUUUGAGAAGCAUUAUCUGGAUCGCACUUUUGAUCGAACGGGUCAACUGUCUGUUGUGAUAACACCCGGUGUUGGCGUCUUCUCCGUGGACCGAGAACUUACUAACAUUACCAAGCAGCGCAUCAUUGAUAAUGGCGUUGGCAGCGAUCUCGUUUGUGUCGGCGAGCAGCCGCUGCACGCUGUGCCGUUGCUCAAGUUCCAUAACAAGGAUACAUCCAUAACAUCGGCUGAUGACUACUCACUGCCCCAUUGGAUUAACUUAAGCUUCUACUCGACUAACAAAAAGAUAGCAUAUUCAAGUUUUAUACCACGCAUCAAGCUGCCCAUUUUAUCGGCUGUUGAUGAAGGCGAUGUGGAGGAAAAUGAGCGCAAUUUUCUUAGCUGCAAUCAGUCGGAGUACAUUUACAACUCGCUUUUUGAUUAUGAUGCAUACGAUGAGCAAAUUUUUCAGCCGCUGCCAGCGCAGAGCACAUGCUCACUGCAGCGAGUUGUGCGUGCCAAGAAGACAUCGGUGCCCAGCUUUGAGACAUACGCGUAUCGCAACAAUGACUGGGAGAAUUUAACGCCCACUAAGAUACCCAGCUUACGGCGGAAAAUGUCCGACCCGGAUAUACAUCAUGGCACUUCAGGCAUGCUGGCCACGUUGACAGAUACCGCUAACAAUUUGUCCGAAUCUUUGGCCUCAGAAAAGAAUUCAAGGCGGGCGAUUGUGAGCAUUGCUCCAAUUGUACGCCCUGGUCGUGCAUUAAUUAAUCCCUUCGAUCCGUCCCAUGUGACCAUAAAGUUAACUUCUAAUAGACGGCGCUGGACGCAUAUAUUUCCCAAGGGACCGACGGGCGUGCUUAUACAGCAGCAUCAUUAUCAAGCGGUGCCUGCCAAAGCCUUGCCUGCUGUCAACUGCAAUCGUCAGCUGCAGCACUGCAAUAGCAACAGUAAUAAUAGCCAUAAUAAUAAUAAUAAUAACGAGCAGGAGUUUAGCUCAGCUGCAACAGAGCAUUUUGAUGAGCUGUCCAGUCACUCACUGUUGAGCCAGACCAAGUCAUUUAGCUCGCAGAGUGAGGAGAAAUCUGACUUUUUCAAGCGUCGCAAUACUUCGCUGUUGAAUGCCGCACACGCUGCCAAUGUGCCCAACCUGACGGCCACCCAGGCCAAAUCAUUUUUAUGGGGCGCCACAGGGGAGCAGGAAUGGACGCCAGCAAUUACAACAGAAAAUGGCAUUGCUCUACAUUUUGGGAAUGCAACGGGCAAACACAUGAAAGCAAUUGUCGAAAGCGAACAUAAAAAUUAUGGAACAUCACGGCUUGAGGCUACGAGCGAGACUGUCGGAAAAGGAAAAAUCAUCAUAGGGGUCGACUGGAAAUCUCUAUCCAUACCCGCCUGUCUUCCCAUAACCACGGAUUACUUUCCCGAUAAGCGGUCGUUGCACAAUGACUAUGUCAUUUCGGAUUAUACCUUGCUGCCGGAUGAUGUGAAUCUGGAUUAUGCCAAGAGUCGUGCAGUCUAUCGCAAACCUUUGUCCACGGAGGAGGUGUGUAAGGAGAUUGUUUCACAACGUUUGGCCCAGGGCUUUCAGCUGAUUGUCGUCGAGGAAAAACAGCCCAGCUCCAACAGCUGCUGCUCGACGAAUGGGAGCUGUGCCCCCUUAGCUAAUAAUCUGGGCACAUCGGCAGUGUUACCCGUGAAGCCGCCCUGCGAACCGAACAAGGAAUACCUAUUAUCCAUAGGACGCAUAUUUCACAAGAUCUCGCUGAGUGGUUCAGUUAUUACAGUGACUGGCUAUAAACCCAGGCAUCCAUAUCCGCCAAUUAAUGUCGAUUAUCGCUAUCGAUUCCAUGCACCACAGCAUGAGACCUAUGAAAUCUCUGGCGUUAAUUUUACGACUGAGAAACUGGAGAACUUUAGCUGGAAUCACAUGGAUUUAUACAUAUGUACGCGUGGCGAUGUUGAUUAUCCACUAAUGGAGAGUCUCAAAUACUGGCGGUUUCGCAUGUAUCUGCUGCCAAAGGACACCGUGGUCAAUAAGAUCGUCAACUGCGGCAGCCAGCGUUGCGACAUCUUUACGGAUGCUGUUGUGGACAAUACCCGUGACCAAAUCGAGGACUUUGUACGACUUAUCGAGAAUGUCAGCAAGUUAAGACGACAAAUCUGUCGCAAAGCGCGCGAUAGCCCCACGACCAACAGCUUUACUAAGCGGCGACACAGUACGAGCAUUAUUUCCAGGCCUCUCAACCAGCAGCAUGAUACACCCACACCUAGAAUCACAGAAAAGAAUCAUAAUCUAUUAAAUUCACCACUGCAAAGCAUCAAUGUGCGCCCUAAAGUGGAACCGGGUCGGAUUUCCCGCAAUCUUCCCGGGACAGAUGCAGCCGCUGCAGCUUCAAAUGGAACUGGGCCACGUGACGAUCAGGAUGAUGGUUUUCCAGUGGAUAUAAAGUUUAGCCCGAAUGCUACGCUGGCGGAGAUGUUCGAGGCCAUGAAGCAUCCGGUAAAUGGCGUUGGCUUCUUUACCCAAACCCAAUCGUUGCCCUCCUGCACUUUCAUUUCAUACGAUGCGCUGAUGUGGCUAAGGGCGCGUAUAACAAAUGGUCGACAUCCUUUAGAUAUUCUGGAGGCCAUGCGCACAGAGCGCAUGAUUUGCCACGCCUCUGGUGAUUGGAAUCAGCCCAUUGUGCCAGGUUUUGUCUUUUACUAUGUGGUGCAGCAGGAUAAGAAUGCUAAAGAUUAUGCCCCGCCUCUUAACGACUAUAGCGCCUUUGUUAAUGAGUGGCUGGAGAUUGAACUGCAGGGCUGCAACUUUUUGUGGUACGAUGAACCUUCACCUUCCAAUGUUCCCAAUUUUUUGCGCGAUACACCAGCUCCUCAAUCCUGGACGGCAUAUUGCAAGAGCAAGCGCGUUUGUCGUAAAUCGCAUUUGGAGAUUGAUGUGAACCAGAAGAGCGAUCGAAUGGAAUGGGGUCAUGUGAAGCAUCACACUGUGAUGCAGCCAGGUUUCGCGUUUGAACUGGUUGUGGAGUGGGUGACCUCAUCGGGACCCAUUGUUUCCGAUUUGAUUGCCGGAUGGAUGCGCAAAGCAAUUCAAUGUGGCUAUCAACUGGUCCCUGUACCCGCUGAUCCUAUGGCUGAGCCUUUUACAGAAAAAUCAGACCCAUUGCGUGGUCCCAUUUUCAUUCCCUUGUGCGUCAACUUUUUGCCAGAAGGCAAAUGUCUCUUUGAUGAAUUUCCUGAGGACAGCCGCUCGGAUCGCAUGCUCUUUCUGCAGGAGGCUAUACUGGCUAGAUUUGGAUUUCUGCCCUGCGUUUUGGAGGAGAAAUUUAACCAGAAGAAGGACCUACCAAAGGAAUAUCAGUAUGUGCAUUGCACUGGCAACAUGUUCGCUCUAAUACGAUGCGCCAGCAACAAGUUCCAGGUGGAGUCACCGAGUCGCCAGGAGGCGAAUGUCACGCGUUGUGUCUAUGGACAUACAAAUAAUACGAACGUGCCCAAAAAGGUGGGCUUUCUUUGGUCCUGGAACCAUAUGAUACCCAACAAAAAAUGGAAAGCCUUGACCAUUAACAAUUCAGCGGAUGGAGAGCUGUUUCAACUGAAAAUGCUGAGGGAUUUCCGUGAGUUUUGCUCGAAUGCUGAACAACGUUUGGCCAAUUUCUGGUCGCAAUCGCAGGAGCUUAAACGCAAAUCCCUUAAAUUUGAACACAACAAUAACAACCCUGAUGAACCACAAAUUAUAUAAA